AUUUUCAUUGUCUGUAUAAUUCUUCAUCUUUCUUUGCCUUCAUCAAUAGGAGUUACAAAACAUUUCUAGCUUGAAGAAAAUGGCUAUCAAAAUGAGUCCAUUUAUUCAGGCUAAUCGGUUCUUAUGGAGGUCUUCAACAUCCAGAGGUGUUCCAGAAGGUCAUUGUGCAGUAUAUGUAGGAGAGAGCCAGCAGAAGAGAUUCGUCGUGCCAGUAUCAUACUUAAGCCAGCCUUUAUUUCAAGACUUGUUAGCUAAAUCCGAAGAGGAGUUUGGCUUUGAUCACCCAAUGGGCGGUCUUACAAUACCUUGCAAAGAGGAUGUGUUCGUUCAUCUUACUUCCCGAUUAAGAAGAUCAUCAGUAGUGCAAAUUAUUCAACAAAUGAAAUUUUGUAGAAUAGUAUAG